AUGACACUCUCGCUCCCAAGAGCCGGGACCCCAGUACCCCUGGCCCUGCCGAGACAUGCGCAAGCGAAGUCAAGGAGCUCUGCGCAAUCCAUGCGUUUCCUGGCCACGAGCGCGAGCGCCACGGCUGGCUUGCUCGCGGCGACGAGCGCGCGCCGGCGGUGUCGGAUGAUGGCAGCCUUUGAUGCACCUAGAACCUCCAUCGAGGAGGCGAAGGAGCUUAGCCAGCCGGACCGCCAGGAGGCGCUGGUGAAGACGGGGAACACCGGGAGGAAGAUUUUGGGAGCGGACAAGACGGUGGAGCAGGUGGUGCCAGAGGAGCUCCUGUCCAGCGACGUGGGCAAAGAGCUCAAGGUCGCCAUGGAGUCCAUGGUGGAGGUGCUCCACAUGCUGUGCCUGGGCACACUGAUCUUGGAGGACAACAAGGACAAGUCCACGGUGGGGUUGCACGGCUUCGCCUUGGAGGAGAAGUACAUCUGCAAGGGCAAGGAUGGCACGGACACCACAAUGCCGGCAGCUGCAGCAACCGCUUUCGUCAUGAAGCAGUUGCUGGAUCACUUUCCCGACGACCCGGUCAUGUGCGACGAGGACGGCGAGUUGCUGCAGGACGAGGCGUUCGGGUCCACGGUGGCGGAGUUUCUUCAGACCUACGGCUUCGUGGACUGUGAGAAGGACCAGGUCGACGCAUGGCAUCGGCAUUGCAAUACCUACGAGGACGAGGAGAAGCCCAGCAGGUAUUGGGUCUUUACCCCGGUGGAUAGCAAGAAGGAGUUUAGAGAUGCGAAGCAGUUUUGCUGCACCCUGUGCUUGAUGCAGGACAACAAGCCGGUGAUGAGUGUGGUGGGGUGCCCCAUGCUCGCCUUCGACCACCCCAGCCGCUCCACCAGCCACCCCUCCGGCAGCGCCAUCUUUUACGCCGUGGAGGGCAAGGGCGCCUUCACUCAGUGCGUCAUCAUGGAGAGGGAGAUGGGGGUUUACAUGGGCCGGUAUGGCAUGAAGGGCAAGUCGCUGAAGUUGAAUGUGAGUGAGAAAAUCCGACGCGGCAAUGACGGCUUGUACGACAUGCUGGGCACUGAGCAGUUGCGCAUCUCGCAGCACUCCCGCAUGCGUCAAGACAUUUUCCUGGACUCGGAGCGGAUCGCGAAGCUCUUGGGCUCGGAGUUCGCGAAGUUUCACUUCAUCGACAACUCCAUCAAGUACUGCUGGCUCGCCAGGGGGGACGAGGACAUCUCUUGGACCAUCACCCAGGGCCUCUACGACGACACUUUCACGCUGCGCACCACGGAGCACGCCGCGGGCGCGCUGGUGGCGCAGGAGUCGGGGGCCGAAGUGGCGGAUAUGGACGGCAAAGACAUCGAGUGGUCCGGCCGGGUGCUGUCCAACCGGGGCUUCUUCGCCACGGACGGCCAGAAGGUGCCGAAGAGUGCCAUUGUGAAGGCGGCCAAGGACGCCACCGCCACCUCCCAGACGCUGUACGAGCAGCGGUGUGAGAAGCGGAAGGAGAAGGCACAGAUGCUGCGGAAGAUUUUUGAGAAUAUGGCGAGCCUCGCAGAGACAGAGGAAGAGCGGAAAGGCGCAGAGGUCGUGCGGAUGCGAGGUCUGGAGAUGUUGGACAAUGACGAGGAGAUGAUGAAGCUGACACAGGAGUCCAUGAACAGAGGCGUGCCUAUUUUGGGCGAGCCGCCCAAGCCAGACGAAGAUGCCCUCGAGGGGCCUCUUCCAUACACUCCCAUCAAGUCCGACUGA